UUUUCCCUGAAAAUGGCGGACAGCUGGGCAGCGUUCAAAACACCAGAGAGCGCGAAGAAAGAGGUAUGUUCAUCAUAUAAACAUCGAUAAACAGUAACAUCGACAAACAAUUAACAAUUUAUGAGAUAUUUUAAUCAAUAUUUUGCAUGUGACAUGUUUCUCACUGUUUAUACUUGUUUUGUAAUAUUUAUAUUUUAAUUAUAUAAUUAAUAUAAACAAUUACUUUAAAGGCCUUUUCCCGAACCUUCCACAAGUUAAUCAUUCCGUGAUAGAAUCCUUAUAAAACUGCCCAACUGCUUAUAAAAAGUUGUUACAAUGGCGGAAACUUUGUUUGUUUACAAGAUGCGAUAUGAUUAAAUCUGAGACAAGAUUUCAAAUGUGGCGUUCAACCUAAAUAUUUUACUGCCUCCGGGCAGAAACAAGGGCUGACCUAUAGGGAUGCUUAUAAGGCGAUAGAGCUCUAAAGGUGCCUGAAGACUUCUAUAGGGAAUUGGAACAUUUUCUAUAGGCUGCCUGUAGACUUUUUUCGUAAGGCAUGAAAGCUAGUCGAUCUGGAGUAACAUUACAAAAAUUGUCAUAUUGCAUUUUUACUAUAAUAUGUUCACUAGUACAGUAUUUCACUACUUAAAAGGUUCACCUCCAACGUUGUUUAUGCCACGUUUUACAUCAUUGAUAAUAUCAUACGCCGGUGGAUAAACCCGAGUUGUUUCUGUACGCCAUAGAUCUGUGGCUGAGCAUGCAUCGAUUCCACUUAGCAUCAUAACAACUAGAGGUGUGCAUCAGAUUGGAUUGGACAUUUAUAAUAUGACAAUUGGCUAAUGUUUAAGAUCUGAUCUGAAAUUGUCUAAUCCAAAUCUGAUCCGAUCUGAGUUUUCAUAAAGAAUUCUGAUUAAUCCUUUAAUAAAAUAAAUUUCUCAUUCAAGUUGAAAUAUUUAACCAAAUUUAUAAAUAUAAAAGCAAGAAAUACAUGUCAAGAAACUGACAAAGUGACGUCCAAUUGAAGUAUCAAACAAAUAAUACAGUGACAACCUCAAUAAUGCUUUGAUAAACACAUGGAUAAUUAAAUUCUUGUGAUAAUACAUGGAUAAUUAAUUCAUUUUAUUCCAAUAUCGAAGUCCAAUCCGAUCCGACUACGAAACAAUUUUAUCAAUCUGAUCCGAAAUGUGAACGAAAUCCGAUCGGAUCGGAUUCAGAUUUGGAUCGGAUUUGCACACCUCUAAUCACAACAUUUGCAAAAGUGUAUUUCUUGAGUUGGUGGUUGAGCAGCAGUGAUAUAGGUAACUAGAGGGGGUUAUAUCAUUAUGUUGUGGUCACAUGGCCAAAUAAGGGUGAUAGGUGGUUGCGAUUAGAGGCAAGAACAAAGAAAUAUAUAUUUGUGUUUAAAGUGAACUGCCUGCAUGUUUAUUGUUGUAUAAUGUUACUCGCACACAGACAUUUUUCUUUGUUCUUGACCCAAAUUACAACCCUAUCUCUAUUAAACCCUAACAGCCUUUGCAACGUAAUAUGUGAACUGUAACUGUUUCCAUGGUUAAGGUUACAAUAUAUGAUGAGACUCUGAUUUUGAUAAAAAAAUUUUUUGUAUAGUUCUAUUAAGUAAUGAUAUGUCUAUCAAUUCCAGCAACUUUUUAAAGAAAAUUUUAAAAAGCGACCCGAGAUAUAGGGGAACAUGCUAUGACCACUGAAUAGCUUCGCACCAAACUUGUAAUUAUGAUUAACUCGGAUUGUCAGUCUGACCUCUUGAAGCUUGAAGCCAACAUCGUGCAUAGCUUGAGAGAUUCUGUAAAUACUACUGUAUAUUAUAAGCUUUCUAAUGUUGUCGCAAUGAUAUAUGCCUCCGAACAAUAACUUAUACUUUAGUGAAUUUCAUACCUUGCAUGAUAUUUGACGCCAGCAAAGUUCACACUUUGUGGUUUGGCCACAAGUGGAUUAACAUUGGGGGCGGAGAAAAUGACAGAAAGAGUGGAAACCUCGCCAAAUCUUAUAUGGUCAUUUGAAGAAAAAGCAAAAUUACCCAAUCUCCUUGACAAAAAAGAGUUUAACGACAGAACGUUUUAUCCGAUUCGUCCCAAACUUGACCACAAUGUUAAUCAAUAAUACAGUAAAGGAACAAAAGUGUGUUCGCCUUUUUGAUUUAGUGCAUUAUUUUUCAAUUUAGAAACAUCUCUUCAACCGCUUAUAACUGCGCAAGAUAAGCCAAGUUGUCUGCUUUAUAUCAAAGCGAAUACAAUAGCUGUCAAAAAAUGCGAACACACUCUUCUUCUUUGGACAUUUGAGAUGAGAAAUAUGAUAUUUUGGGGGCUCCUGAGUUAAACGGUCUGUCGUUAAAUCUCGUGGCGCAAGAGGUGCUAUUUUUCAAAAGAUGUCUCAUUGCGACUACAGGUUAAAAGGUGGUUAAUUUUGGUUAAAACAGUAGCUUCUACAGUUAGUUAUCAUUGCAUGUACCAAAUUUGAGAAACGUAACUAAAAAACUGAGCACGCAGUGACAAUUUUUCUGAAACAGGAAUCUAUCAUAUGAUGUAACCUUUUAAGGUUAAAAUUAAAAUUGAAAUUAAAAUUUCAUUUACUAUACAUGCAGUGUGGAAGGUUUUAGAUUGCAAUUGAGAUAUCAUCUUCACAUGCCAUUUUGUUAUUUUGUACCAGUAUUAAAUUUUUGAAAACUGUAGUGGAAGCCUUUCCAUGCAGGCUGGAGUCAGUGCACAGUACAACUUGUUUGCCACAUUUUACACCAAACAAAUUCUGGAGAAUAUGGUUAGAUUACUUCUGUACUGUGACAACAUGCACCAUUUCUGGUCAGGAAGUGUUCCAGUAUUACUGUACAUUGUGCACUAUUACACAUAUUUACAGGACAUGACUGCAACAUUUUCUCAAGUGUGAAGUGAAUCCAGUUCAUUCCUUAAUUAUUGCAUAUUGGUAAACAAGUCAGACAGUACUUUGUUUUGUACUAAGUUGUCUUUGAAGUUUAUAACUGAAAUUUUCAUUCAUAGUAUCACAUUUAUCACAAGUGAAUAUAUACAGUAUAUGUACAAUGUCAUGAAAUUGUUUGUACAGUACUUUAAACUCAUGAGGUUGCCAACCAUAAUAAUUUCUGAAAGCCGUUCAAUGAUAAUUGAAUAUAACUAUAACAAAGCUGUGUCAGUAUGAUUGAAAGCAUUGGAUAGGCUCCAAAUUAGGCUGUACAGUAUAUUGCAUGAUAUUUAAUUAACAAAAAAUUUAAGGAGACUAAGAGAGUAAGAGUACUGCACAUUUUAUACAGCACAAGCAUGCAAAGAAACAUCCUGUUUUCCGAGAUUUGUAUUAAGUUCUUUGCUAAACAAAAAAUUCAACUUGUAACGGUGGUUUUUAAGGCCUAAAUUUUGCCCUACACGCUGAAAAUCUCACUUCAAUACCGACUUGCUGUUGUUUUCCUCUCCUUCCUUUAAGGCUGUUUGACACCGUUUUGUUUCCAAAAACCGAUGCGUAUUGAAGAAAAGACAACUUUUCCCUUAUUUCUCUUUCAAUGAUACAGUCCAUCAUGAAAAACUGCAUGUGCGAUACGUUUAUGUUUUUUUUUCUAAAAAAUUACUGUUUUGACGGGAAACAAAGAGUUUGCCUAUGCAUUAUAUCCAUCAUGUGUCAAAUUUAAAGUCUGCAGUGAUUUACGGCGUCUUUUAACCACCUUGUAAACGAAAACGCGGAUAUGUGAAGUAAGUUGGACUACCCUGUAUAUAAUAUCCCAAAGGUCGCGGGUUCGAUUCACACCGUGGCCAAGCUCACUUUUCAACUUGCCCGGUGUGGAUAUACACUCAGAGUAACAUCACAAACAUCAUAUUCACCUGCGUACAUAACACCAACACACACAAAAUAAUAAGUUGUACUAAUUUUGAAUCACCAGUGCAAAUAUCUCGUAAAAUUGAUUUGGCCCUAUCAUUCGCGGCAUUCAGAAGAUUGAUGCUUGUGAUGUAUACUCUGAGCAUAUAUUCACACCGACCUGAGUCACCUGACCUAGCUCAGUUGGCAGAGCAUUGGGCUAGUAUUCCAAAGGUCGUAGGUUCGAUUCCCACCGUGGCCAGGCAUAUUUUUCAAGCUUCCUUGACAAAAAUUUGACUAUCCACAGCACUGUCACCACAUCGUAAAAUGAUGUCGGGAGCUUCGGCAGAAAUGGCUGCCUUUCAGCAAUGUGCUUAGACGUUUAGUUUUUAAGCUGGGAAACAUUCAUAAGGGUGUAUUUACCAAUAUCAACACAGCAGGUUACUCCCGGAUACUUCGAGGUUAUUCUCUGGAUACUCCGAUGUUAGUCUCCGGAUACUCCGAUGUUAUUCCCCGGAUACUCCGAGGUUCGUCUCCAGAUACUCCGAUGUCAUUUUAAAUAAAAUUGAUUGAUUGAUUGAGUCUCCGGAUACUCCGAGGUUAGCCUCUGGAUACUUCGAGUUUUCACACUUAGGCUCCAGUUACACGAUACAGGAUUCGCAUCGGAGUGAAUCGAGCGACAUCAACUAAGGCUUUUUGGCCUCUUGUGGCUUUUCGUAUUUGAAGUUUUUGACUAAGUCUGUUACGAUCAUUUCUGUUAUGUACUCAGGUGAAUGUGAUGUUUGUGGUGUUACUCUGAGUGUGACAGGGAAAGCUGAAAAGCUUGCCUGACCACGAUGGGAAUCGAACCCCCGACCUGUGGGAUACUAGUCCAAUGCUCUUCCAACUGAGCUACGAGAUCAAGUCGGUUUGAUUUGACGAUAUUUUGGAACACAGUCUAGUUCCUUCGAGUGGGAACAGAUGGUAAAAUUGAAGGAAACAUCUAUGUGCUCACUUUCCCAAUACUGUGAAAUUUUAUGUAAGUGGGAAUUUCUCCCUUUCCAUCUUAUACUUUUAUGACUUGUAAAAAUUCCAUUAGCUUUUGUCUCAAUCUCAGGUUACCCCUACACAGGCUAGGGGUAUUGUAAAAGAUGACCAUACUGUAUUAGUUUGUAUGCAGAAAGUGGUAAUAUCUUAGAAUACAUUGAUAUCGAAGGAACUAUAGUUCUGAAAUAUCACCAACUCGAACCACAUCACCUCGUAGGCCCUAUAACUCAGUUGGUAUAGAGCAUUGGGCUAGUAUCCCAAAGGUCGCGGGUUCGAUUCCCACCGUGGUCAAGCAAACUUUUCAGCUUGCCCGGUUGGGAUGCACACUCAAAGUAAGAUCACAAACAUAAUUCUGUUAUCAUAUGAAAUAUCAUAUAAAAUUUGAUGUCGCUCCGAUGCUCAUGCGGUAUUGUGUAACUGGGGCGUUCAUGGUUGUGGCUACAUGCACCUUUGUCAGUGAAACAAGAACAUUGUCUCGCUGCUUUCUUGUCACAUAACUGUAUAUGCUUCUGCUAAUCAACUGCUAACCGUACAUAUGUCAAUGCAGUCAGGGCGUUUUUUUAGGAAUUUUGACUACUGGGGUAAAGUGUAAAUUAGGGUUUUUGCGCAAGACAGACAUGCAAUUAAACUGAUUUAAAACUAUUCGUUUCUUUAUUUAUUUAAGCAAACAUUCGGUUACAGUCGAACAGUUAGUAACAUUGUUAAACACAAUAUAUCUUGUCUAAUUGACUUAUACAAAGAUCUCUUAUAAAUUAAAUGAACUUACAUAUAAUAAGUCAAUGGUAAGUUGACCGAAUCUUUUAAAGACAUUCCUUUCCACACAUAAAAAAGUCUUUAUAAAAUCACGAUUCUGGUAGAGUUGUUACUUCUUGGUUUGUACUCGGUUGCGUCCAUCUUUUCUGUUAAGAAUUCAUAAACUGACAAUGCUGUGAACCCUAGUUCAGCAUUAUAUAUGUGCAAGAUAUGUAUAUGUGUUUGUAGCCCACCGAGAUACCUGGAGAUUUCACGACGGGAUCUAGCUUUUAUUAAUCACUAUGUUUACGCUGAUGUAAAUUUUAAACGUUCCUCACUAUAUACAGUAUAAUCGACAAACAUUUACACCGAAUCAGUAUGAUUGAACCUCUCUCAAUGGACGCAGGAAUUUUACAAUAACUCCGACAAUAUGCAUGUCCGCCAGUUUUGCCAACAUUUGCCCACCUUACCUCGCAUUUUGUAAGUAUACCUGAUGAUGUGAAUAAUUGAAUAAUACCUGUAAUACCAUAAUACGUGAAUAAUACUUGUAAUACCAUACAGGUAUUACAAAUAGACCUUUCCAAGGUUUCUACCGCCAUAUUGCAGGGGGUGCAAAAACAUUGGGGCGAGCGCGCGGCCACCAAUGGCGCCCAUACUAUUUCCUAUUGAGUGAGUGAAAAUUACCUUUUGACAUUUUGUCCUUUUUCUCAAAAAAUUUCUAUACAAGCAUAUCCAAAUUUUAUUUUUAGAUAAUCCCUGGUUUUUUUCUGAUAUGUGGCCGAGAUUUCUUGCUAAUCGAAGGACAGGAAGUAAUAAAAAACGGCGGCUUUUGUUGUACAACUUGGCCGACGUUUGAGCGAUGAUUUUUGUACAAAUAUACAAAUAUAAACAGUAAUAAUGGCGGAACCAAAGGACUUACACACUUAAUGGACAAAUAUUCUUCCAAAGAUCGGUUAAACAAACGAAAUAAUAAGAAUCGUCGCUCAAACGUCGGUCAAGUUGUGCAACAAAAGCCGCCGUUUUUUAUUACUUCCUGUCCUUCGAUUAGCAAGAAAUCUCGGCCACAUAUCAGAAAAAACUCAGCGAUUAUCUAAAAAUAAAAAUUGGAUAUGCUUGUAUAGAACUUUUUUGAGAAAAAGGACAAAAUAUCAAAAGGUACUUUUCACUCACUCAAUAGGAAAUAGUAUGGGCGCCAUUGGUGGCCGCGCGCUCGCCCCAAUGUUUUUGCACCCCCUGCAAUAUGGCGGUAGAAACCUUGGAAAGGUCUAUUACUUCAGUAGUUACUUAUAGUGACUCAUUUAUUUAAAUUAUUGUUUUAAAUGAUUAAUUAUUUACACAAAUUAUUGAAAGAGGUUCCCCCCUCUCUUCCUAUUGUAAUGUUCUCUCUUAAGCUAUGUUUACAUGCUACGAUUAAUCGUGUACGAUUCGUAUUCUAGCGUAUUAAAAUGAGUGCUGGCGGCAUAAUUCAUUGCCCUUUCGGUAAAAAAAUUUCAAAUGUAGCCAGCAUAAACGUGUUUACUCAAUAACAUACGCCAGAAAACGAAUCGUACACGAUUAAUCGCAGAGUGUAAACGUAGCUUUAAUAUGAUUUCUUGUACAUAAUAGUACAUUUCCAAAAUGAAAGACUCCUUUUUCAUUGAUAUAUCAGAGUUCCAAAUGCGGCCCUUUAAGCCUGGAAACCCCACUUUCAGAAAGUUUCCAAUUUAGGCAAUUAAUUUGUAAACUUUCCAAAAUUAGGCAGGAAGUAAAGAACAAACUAGGCUUUGAAUAAUGGCAGUGAAAGGUUGCAGUAAACUGUUAAAUGUGCAUUGAAAUCUAUCAUAGUAAUUUAUAUAUUUUAGAAUUUUUAAUUAAAUAGUUUAUAAGCAGCUUACGCAUUGCCUUCACAACCGCAUAUAUGUGUUAUAUUUAUACCCUGAUGGCUGAUCUAAAAGGCUUAAAGGAUAUUAUAAUUUAUCUGAAAGAGCAUGAAAAAAUAAGCCGAUUGGCCGUUUACUGCUCUAUUCUAUCUCAUCUGGUUCCGAAGUUAUACGCAAAAAUGUGCAAAAUAUAAAUUGCUGAUUCAGCACAACGUGUGACGUCAUUGGUAGGGUAAGUAUGUUUAAUGAAUAUUAAACUGAAGCAUAGCUCAGUUAUUAUGGGCCCAAAUCAAAUGAAAUUUUGGAUAUUGAUUGUACAUGAUGAGACGCAUUGAAAAACACUUCUAAUUUUGUUGCCAAGGUAACAAUGUCGUUCCCAGGCCCCUUGCGCCAAUUUUAUAAAACAGCUUUAUUCAUGGUACUUAUAAGAAUAAAAUAAUGUCAGAAGUAUGUGUACCAUACCUAUACAUGCCAAAAGUUUACUUGCAUGAUAAUAAUUCGAAAAUGACAUACACAUAGAUAAAUGCAACCAGUUAUUCAAAAUCAGUGUAAGGGGCCUGGGAACGACUGCGUUGCCUUGACAACAAAAUUAGAAGCAUUUUCCCAUGCGUCUCAUCAUGUACUAUGUGUACGCGAAAUGUCAUUUGAUUUGAGCCAAUAAUAAUUGAGCUAUGCUUCGUUUACUAUUCAUUAAACAUACUUACCCUACCAAUGACGUCACACGUUGUGCUGAAUCAGCAAUUUAUAUUUUGCACAUUUUUGCGUAUAACUUCGGAACCAGAUGAGAUAGAAUAGAGCAGUAAACGGCCAAUCGGCUUAUUUUUUCAUGCUCUUUCAGAUAAAGCAAUAAAAAUUUUUAUUGCCAUUACCCUUUAAGAUAGUCAGAUCAUGUUUCAUUGUAAUCUUAUUACGAUUGUCAACGCAUUGGCUUCCAACCGUGACAAGAUGUCAUUGCCUAUUUUGUUAUGCGAGAAAACUGGAAACAACCUAGUUUUAAUGACUCUAGGUUGUUCUCAGGCUCUUGCGCACUAAAAACUAGGUUGUUUCUAGGCCCUACGCACUAAAAACUAGGUUGUUUCUAGGCCCUUGCGCACUAAAAACUAGGUUGUUCUCAAUCUUCUCAAGCAGCCAAACUCCUCGGUCAAGUAAACAUCUGCAUGCCUAACAUACCUAGCUAUUUGGCAUUAUAAUAAUUUGCGUUCAAAGAUUUAAGGUAUAGAUUGACUCAUUAAUAGAAUAUAUAUGCACAACACUUUUUGUCUUGUGUCUAAAAUAAGUAUUGUUUGAUCUUAAUUGUUAUUACUAUAUUACUAUUACUACUAAGUUCUAUAGAGGAACAGCAUUGUCACUGUCGUGAUAAGUAUAAUAGUUCAAUGAUUCAACAUUAAUUUAUUGCGCAACCCUGCAACUGCAGACAGUGUCAAGUGGUUUGAACUUCUCAAGUUUGGUAUACACUCGCAGAGCCGCAAGAGACUUUUUGUUUUAAAUUAAAAUGUACAGUUAUUUAAAUUAAUAAAAAAUAAGCGGUUCACGAAAAAGGGCCGGUACAUGCAAUUGAUGCAAAAUUGCUUUAUUGCGCAAUAAAAAAAUUGAAAAAUUAGGCAACAAAACAAAUAUUAGGCUAACCCCAGGCACGAGAGAAAUGCCAUUUGGAGCCCUGGAUAUAUUAUAAUUGUAUUUGUAUGGAAACUUUUUAGGGAAGUGAUGAUGACUGGGCUGAUUUUGGUGGAUUUGAAGUAAGUAUUACUAAGUACUGUACCCCCCCCACCCCCGUUGCUCGCCAAUAUUUUUGGAAAAAAAUAGGGGCCCCCAAUUAAAAAUUUGUUCCUUGCCCCCGACGAAAAUUUGUCCCUGCGCCAUUGAGGUCCACCACCUUUCAAAAUAUCUCCCUGACCCUGCUUGAUUAGCCUGGAAUGUUGAGAUGGUGAUAUUAGUGGACCGAACAACAUCAUUAGCCUUUCUUAAAAUGACCCAGAUGCUGUUACUACCACUCUAUUCAUUGACAAAUUAAAUCAGGAUUUGAAUAUUAAUUAAUGGCGCCCUAAUGGACCCUACUUUGUUAUUUUACUCUGUCUAACACGAAACAAUUUUUACUCGUCAAUUAACGGGAGAUUGCUGGGACCCAAUGAGUUAAUCAGUUUAUGAUUACCAUACUGGUAUUAUUGUACAUGACCAUACUAUGAUUACCAUACUGUGCAUGACAGGAAGAUUUGAACCUCACCAAUAGAGAGAGGUCAUUCUGCAAUAGUAAGUAAGAGGUCACCAUGACGCCGUCUCUCGCCAUUGUAUAAUAUAUGAAACACUGUUUUAGAAAAACCCCAACGGCCAACGCAAUGCCUAAUUUCCAAAAGCUAAAUAAAGCGUUGACAUUUGUGCAAGUCGCAAAGCAACUUGCCAUACCGGCAAGGAAUAUGCAAGAUGUGCAGGUGUGCUUUAGCGGCUUUGCACACCGGCUUUUGCACCUUUACUAUAGCCACGAAGCAAACAAUCUAUCUCACUAUCGUUCGUGCACAUCUUGCAUAUUCCUUGCCGGUAAGAAUUCAAGCAAUUGCACUGAGCAAGUUGUAAAGAUUUUUUUAUCUUUACAGCUUGUUACUCUUGAGCUGACUGUGUGUUACCACAGGUCUCCCGAAAAGACCGCAUAAAAUUUUCUGUAAAAUUGCUUGAUCAAUCUACACUAAAACCUCUAUAAUUCGUACUACAUAAAGUAUAUUUACACAGUACAUGCUCACAGUGUUGCAUAUUUAUUUAUUUCUCCAAGGUUAGCAAGAAAAUACCUGUCCACACAACCUAAACGACGAAAAACUUGUACUUAAAAAUCGAUAUUAAUUAAAAAGCUAACUCAUUACGAUCACGCAUAACUCUAACACUCCUACAUUGUAUUUAUUUUUGUUCUUUCACCACAUUAAAACGAGGGAAUUUUGCGAAAAAUUCAUCAAUUUUUUGCCGAUUGUUUAGAAAAACAAAAAUUAUGCACUAUGCAUGUGCAAGAACAUUUCAAACAUUCUAUAUGCGUAUUUGAUUUUAUCUGUAUCUCCUCAUUUAGUGCCACUUUCCUUAAAUACCUCGCGUCCGCCGCCACCCCCCUCCCUGGAGCAAAUGGUGAUUGUAUAUGCACCCUUGUAAUGUUGCUGUCUUUUGUACAUUUUAGUCUGCAUCACCAGCAUCAAAUCCCUUUGGAGAUUCCUCUGCAUCUGCAGGAUUCCCUUGGGCUACAGCAUUUCCGGCCGUUUCUCAACAACAACCUUCCCCACCGCUCACCAAUGCCCAAGCGACAUUCCCGGUACAAACAACAGCGUUCCCAACUAGCAGUGAACAGACCAGCAAUGCAUCUUCUUUACCCCAGACACAGUCUGGUAAUCUUUUGCUAGGUGACUCCGGAGGAGAAUAUGCCACACUUAGUACAGCUCAGAGUGGUGCACCAGGGCAAAUGUCUCUCUCUCAAGGAAUCUUACCUACCCAACAACCACCCUCUCACACGGCCCUACCCAUCCACCCACGUCCUCUGAAAGGUGAUGUACCCUCCCAACUAACUGCCUCCCAUGGAGGUACGCCUACCCAACAAAUGCAGCACCAAGCCGGAAUACUCACGAAACCGAACAUAAUUCCUUCAAACGAUCUAUUUAUAUCACCAAGUAGAGAAGUAACUGUGCAGUCUGCCCCACCUAUACCGUCUAGAGAACAUCGAACCACUAGUGGACCAGUCCAGUCACCAGUGGUGGAUGAAACGAGACUGAAUAAAGUACAAGGAGAGUUGAAGGAAGCUAAUGAUCAAGUCAAUGACUAUCAAAAUAAAUUACAAGUAUCAGAAGAAAAAUUAUCACUGGCCGAAAGAGAGACGAUUCGCUUAGAAAAGGUACUGUAUGAUAUACUGUACCAAAUAUGAAAUACUACGUGAGUUGCUUUUGACCUUAUUCAUAAAUCGUGAUCGAGUUCUCGUAUCUAGGAUACUAUUGUGCCGACGUUAACGGCUUGUUUCUUGUUGUUUAUUUUGAUUUUUGUGUGUGUUGUAAGAUUUUGUGCUCACAACGAAAGCUAUAAACGACUAUAGUAAAAAACGACCGGUUUUGUCCUGUUUUUUUUGUGUGGAAAGUCUAAAAAUAUGACAACGUAGCGGUGGUGUUUAUUAAGAAGCGAAAAAACAGUACUUUACUGAGAUUCUAACGUCAAUACAUCCGUAAAAAAUCAAAGCAAGUCACAACAAUGGAAUGUAAGUUUAUUUUAUAAUUUGAUAUGAAUAUGAAAGAAAACAAGAGUUCAAAAAUCACAAGAAAACGUCAAAUGUUAUUGAUUCGCAUGGAAAAAAUAUUAACUGUGCCUGGGCUCGAAGACAUUCUGCAAGCAGCUUACAAGUUUAAAAAGUAAAAGAUACAAUACCUGAGUGUGAGUUGUAAUCUUAUUUCUUCAGUCUUAUUUCUACUUUGAUAUUUUGUACGAUUUUGGUGUUGUAGACGUUUUGUGGCCUUGUAGGCCCUUGCCUUGUUGGUUGUUUGUUUUGGCCAUACAAACUAUAACAAACAAAAGUUUCCUUUUCCAAUUGACCCCAGCAUCUUUUACGUUAAAACAUCACAUUAUAUUUUCUCUGAAGUAUUAUUUCAACUUGCACAAGCUUUAUGGAUAAUAAAAUAUAUAUUUUCGGAAAAAUACUGCCAUCGCUGACAGCAAAAUUUUUCUUGUCAAUUUUCCCGCGUUAUCCCCCGUUUCCUAGGAUACGAGGCCUCAUCACGAUUUAUGAAUAAGGUCUAUGUGCUUGGAAGACCGGUGCAAUAUUGGAAUUUCAGGCAAUGUAUGCUAUUGAUAAAUAUUUGCAUAGAUAAAUUUGAAAUAACUGUUUUUAGUCGAAAUAUAAUGACAUUUAUAAAAAGUUCUUUUUCCAAAUAAAAAAAUAUGUAAAUGUCUUGUCCUUUAUUUUAGCUCUUCGAGCACGAGUAAAGAACAUGGAUUUUCUUGCGCCAUCGCGUUCUCCCAGAAUGCACGACGACCUCGUUUUUCAUGUGCUGUAUGUGGAAUGAACGUGUGGUCUUUAUACUCAUUUUUGCGCAGCGCCAUUCCUCGUUCAUAUUGUACAUGUCAGCUUCCCUUUUAGAGCUUAGAAGAAAUGAAGAAAAAAUAUACGGAAGCAACAGAUGUCGCUAAAGAACAGUAUUUAGAAAUUGAAAGACAAAUAGAGCGAUAUGAUUUAUUACAGGUAAAAAUAUAUUCACUCUGACACUACAGAGAACAACGGAAAAUUCUGGCUUCUAGAUCGUUGCGCUAGCUGUUCAGUUAUCGAGUCAGCGCGGGGAGUGGUAGCUAGUUUUAUCUCCGAAUUGAGUGCACGGAAUAUUUUGGCGAUGACUUAAUAACGCUCGAUAAACAGAGCUAUAUCUCUGCAU